AGAAGUGUCAUUGUCAAUAUUUUGAACAAAAUUAUUUAAAUUUAAAAAGAAUUUAAAUACCGGUGUAGUAGUAAUUACUUUUGAAAAUAUUAAAUAAAUUUUUUAGAGAAUAAAAAAAACAGCAAACCAUUGGUUUAUUUAAUUGCCUGUUGACUUAGAAUUUUUUUAAGUUUGUAUUGAUUUUAAGGGAGAAAAUGAUGACACAUUAUUGAGAAAAUCAAUAAAGUUAUGUACAAAACUAGAGAAUAAAAAUCAUUUUAUUCUCUUUGAAAUGUUACCGGAUCCUGAAGACUUUAAUAUAAUAUUUCAUGAAGCUUAUAAAGUGCUUCCAGAACAUGCUAAAAAAAGAUUGGAAUGGAAAAGGUUAAAAAAGAAAUCUAUAAAAGCUCGCUACAAACAGAAAAAUAAAUUUGAUUCCCAAACCGAAAAUGAUUUACAGCUAGCCCCAGAAAUAGAACUUCCAGGAAAUGCAUCUGCAUUUGCUGUUUUUGCUUCAAUUAGACUGGCAGUUCUUGACAGAUGGAUGAAACAAGCUAGUCAGGAGUAUUUGAAUAGUAGCUGCAGUGCUCCAAGCCAAGAUCAGAGCGAAAUAGAAAGUGAUACAGAGGAUAAUUCACAAAGUACUUGUUACACUGCCAUAAAAGUUUCCAAAAUAGUCAGUUUAGGUUUAAGAUCCGUUUUUGAAUUAAUAAAAGAAAGUCGAAUAACACAUCCAGUAUUGUGCACCAAAGCUUUAAUAGCUCUAUUAGAUGUUCUACAAGGACAGGCACCUGAAGCUUUGAAAUGUGAACCACCAGAUGUUAUUGAUUCUUUAUUUGAAUUAUUGUUAGACUUGGCCACUCUCCAUGGGCCUGAGAGUUCUGUUCCAAAUGAUGGAACUCACUUCACAGCAGUUGCUUGUGCUUGCUUAUUAUCAUUAGUUGUUGUUAGAGGUGAUACUGGAAAGUAUCUGUCUGCCUCGGCUGCUUUAUUAAUGUGCCCAAGAGCUUUAUCUUUACAAAAUAUUCAGAUGCCUGCUGUCCUUUCAUCUCUUCAGAAAAGUGUACAUGGUGUAUUAUUAGGUAAAACUGUCAGACCGGAUUGGAUAACACAUGGAGUACCUAAUGCAGCAAAAAUUAACUCGUUUCAUAUUAAAUUUCCAAGUGAGCUAAUCAACACUCAGUUAAAAGUUAAAUCUUUAGCUUAUGAUGGUCAAUAUUUGUAUCUUUUUACCACCAGAGGAUUACUUAAAGUGGGUAGUGGCUAUGGAGGUACAAUAAAAGGCCAUAUUAUAUUAUGGAAGUCUGAUUUUUAUCCAAAUGAAAAUGGAAGUUUAGUGUUUUGUAAUGGGCAUUUAUAUUUAAAAUUGUGCGGUAGAAGAGGAGGAGAAUUCUUAAUAGUUGAAAGAUCAAAUCUUUUAAUAUGCGGUUCAGUUCCACUACAUAAUCGAGAUUCAUCUGCAACGGUUGUAUUUUCCGAUGGCGACUAUCUGGGAGUCAUUUCUACAGCUAAAGAUGAUGGUUUCGUUGUUAGAAUGCUGAACCAAAACAUUUCGCCAGCAGCUCUAGUGAGCGAAUUGCCGCUAAAAUUAGCCAGAAAAUGUGUAGAUGCCUUCGGAGUUUCUUCAUUUGAUGAAGAAAAUGGUACUUAUACAGUAAAUACUGGUAACGAAGAAGAAAUUGCCACUAUUUGCACAGGAAAGGAAUUUGGAUUGAUCAAAACGGUAUCAGGAAAGGUGUUAUAUUGCGGUAAGUCAUCAGCUCUCGGCAUUAAACAAGCUGGUGUAAGAACUGGAAAAUGGACAGAACUAAUUAUUACUAAAGCACCAAAAGUAAAUCAAAUCGCUAUCGGCCAUGAUGGUCUUCACGCAAUACUUUUAACAGAAGAUGGAUCAGUAUUUUUUACAGGCACUGCUCGUAGAGGUGAAGACGGCGAUCAGAACAAAAUUCGCCGUCAGCCAAAACCCGUAAAACCAAAGAAAAUGAUCAAAGUAGAUGGACAGCAUAUUAUAUUUGUUGCUUGCAAUAAUGGCACUACUGCUUUAAUCAACAAAGAAGGAGAACUUCUUAUGUUCGGCAAGGAUACAACUCACGCCGAUCCUGUGACCGGGAUCGUAGGCCUUCUAAAAGGGGAGUUUAUAACGCAGGUUUCAUUGGGUAAAGCGCAUGCUGUUGUGCUUACUAUUAAAGGCCACAUUUUUACAUUUGGCAUUAACAAUAAGUUUCAAUGCGGUCGAGAAUUUAAUUUAUCUAAAGAAGAAAGUUCAUCCAACGUUGUUGCUAUGGAUACUUGUGGGGUCCAAGAAGAACAAGAUUUAAUCGACGAAAUCCAAUCCGAAAAUCAAAAAGAUGGUGAUAUUCCGAGUGUAUCAGAUCUCAACAUGGGAGAAUCGCAUAAUAUUUGUCCACCAGGCAUGCAUUCGUGGCACGAUGAUAUGUGUAUGAUUUGUACCGUUUGUAGGGAAUGUACGGGUUAUUCUAUUAGUUGCUUGUCUUCGAUUAGUGCUGAAAGAAAUCCUGGACAGGAAUGUGGAUGUGGAGAGGGCGACAGCGGUUGUAGUAUUUGCGGUUGCUGCCGGAUAUGUGCUAGAGAAGUAGUCGAUAAUUCAGAAUUGGCCGACUUGGCUGGAAUGAUGCGAUUAGAUUUAAUUUUCCGAGAAAAAGCUGUAAUACCUCCUAGACAGAGGACAAAACUACAAGAACAGUUACAGAGCCGAUUAGAAGAGAGAAAGAAUAAAAGCAAAAAAUCCAUUCAAGGCUGCAGCAAACAAUUAUUAAAAUCUAAAUCGAGACCCACCAUAAAUUCUUCAUCUGCACAUAGAUUAAACAAUAGUAUUAGGCAGAAUAAUGUUUUAGCAGCAGUUAAAGAACAACAAGGAUCUGAUGUCGAAAGGGAUGCCACAAGGAUAUCAUGUUUACCUCCAUCGAAACUUUUCUUAGCUGCUGAUAGUCCCGUGAUUCAAGUAUCUUGUGGGUUACAUCAUACUAUAUUGCUCUUACAAAAUGGUCAGGUAUAUACAUUCGGUUCUAAUCUAAACGGUCAGCUAGGAUGUGGCGACAUAUUGACCAAAAGUAGUGUGCAAUUAGUAAGGCUUCCUAGUAGUGCAACUCAAGUUGCUGCAGGUAGCAACCAUUCAGUAAUAUUGACUUCAAAGGGAGAAGUUUACACUUUUGGAAAUGCCCAGAAAGGACAGCUAGGAAGAACUCCGAAUAAUACUAUUUCUCAAGAUGUCACUCAACCAGGAAACAGUUCAUCUUCUCGCUUUUCGAAUCCAAGAACACCAUGGUACAGUUUUCCAGGACCAAUUCCAAACAUAGGCCCAAGACAUGGCCGAAGAGCCACUUGGGUAGGAGCGUCUGGUGAUCAAACUUUUUUGAAAUUAGACGAAAGCUUGAUUAAUUCCGUUAGUAUUUCGAAAUCGACAGUUACUGCUAACAAAAAUUCAAUAGUGUUGCUUCCCAAUGAAGAAGAAACCGCCAAGAAUUUCAAAUGUUUGGUAAUCAACAAAAGAGAUGGAAAUUGCAAUUCAUUCAAAUCUUUAAAUCAAGUCGAUUUCAGUAAUAAAAUCGUUUGUAUGGAUCCGAUCUACAAUGUUUUGUGGUCUUACAGUUACGUUACUAACGAAUUUACAGCUUACAAUGUAAUUGCCAGCGAAUUGCAAACUAUCAGAAACGUCAAUAAAACUGGCGAUAGAUUUAUGAGCGAGCUUAAGGCUGUGAAAGAUGCUAAAAAUAACGAUAGAAAUGUGCAGCUGGGUUCUAUUCUGUCACCGGAAUUGGCGUUACCCGUUACAACAAAUUGUCAUGUUACACGUUUUCAAGCAGCUAUAAAUUUAUUAUGCUGCUUGGAUAUACUGACAAUAGCACAUGAACUGCAAAUAACUGCAGUUAAUGAAACUGUGGACGAAAGACAGUUGAUGUCAGGAAAGCAAUAUUCCAAGGAAGACUUCCAGUCGGUGAAUAGAUUCGAGAGUCACGGUGGUGGUUGGGGUUAUUCCGGCCAUAGUAUAGAAGCCAUACGUUUCAUGGCUGAUACGGAUAUAUUGCUUGGAGGGUUUGGAUUGUUUGGCGGCAGAGGAGAAUAUACGGCUAAAAUUAAAUUACUCGAUAUCGGACCGGAAGGAGGAGAACAAGAGAUUGAUGGAGAAUUGCUAGCUGAAACAGAAGAAAUUCCUUACGAAUGUGGCCCUCGACAAAAGUUUCCGAUUUUAUUUGACGAACCUGUGUCCCUGCAGGCUCAUCGCUGGUAUGUCGGUUGGUGUCGAAUUAGCGGUCCCAGUAGCGAUUGUGGAUCUUCCGGUCAAACUAUGGUAACAACUGAAGACCAGAUACUGUUCUAUUUCAAAUCAUCCAAAAAAUCGAACAAUGGUACUGAUGUUAAUGCUGGACAAAUUCCUCAGAUACUUUAUAAAAUAAUAACUCCGGAAAAUCAAGCUUCUCCAAGACAAAGUGACAUAACCGAGCCGGUUCAUAUUCUAUCCAAAGACUUUUCGAGGACAGUCACCAGGGAGUGUUUCCAAAGCUUACUGUCGCUCCUUCAAUGGUCAUGGAAUACUUUUAAAUGGGGAAUUGUAGAAGGUCAAUCCCAUAAAAUAUCUUAUACAAGUUUAGAAUUGGAGCGAUUGGUUUAUAUUAGUAGAGCUAGUUUACGUUUGAUAUGUACCUAUACAAAUGAAAUUUACCCUAGGCAUAUAAACAAAAAAAUGUCUUUAGAGAAUGUGCAGUUAGCAGAAUGUAUAGGAGACGUCAGAACUCUUCUUAAACAAAUUUUAUCCGAUAAUAUCCCAGUCGUGAUGCAAAAUAAGAAGUCCAGCAGGAGCAACACUUUGUGCAUACAUUUAAUGAAUAACGUAUUAGAUGAAUGUCAUAAUACUUUCGUAUCGUGCUUCCACGCAUUUUAUCCAACGGCUCAUUUAAAAUGGACAUGUUUGUGCGAUUUGCUGAAUGAAAGCAAUAAGGAAAAUGGACAAUAUAUUUAUAACAGUAGCCAAAGAUUAUUAAGCGCAGUAUUAUGCGCAUUGUGCGCAUCGAGUGUGAGGUUAAGAAGUACUUUUCCUUUGAUUGGCCAAAGUAUUUGCUCUGAAAGCGCAUUAAAUAGAGGUUUAAGUCCAUCCGACAAUACGGGACUUCCCAUGAUGAGCAUUUCAGAUUCGCAUCAUUAUCCAGUAUUGGUUGAACAGAUGAGUUACAAAAGCCAAAUGGAAUCAGUUUCUAGCGGUAUAUCAUGGCAAUGGAGUGAUGUCUUAGAAUGUCUCAUAAAUUUAGCUUCUAAUCCUGUUGUAAGAAGUUUACAAAAGAAUACUUUGUUAUAUUCAUCAGAUCUGUCGAAAUUUUGUUGUCAUUUACUAGCUAGAGUAUUGGCUGAAUUGGUUCAUCAGUGCAGCUCUUCUGAAGAAGAUUUGCAAGGUACAUGCGGACGUACUUUGCAUAUGACUCCAUCUCGGUUUACAAGAACGAAUCAAUCAAGAACAUGGAACACCGGCAACGGCUCACCUGAUGCUAUUUGUUUCCAAGUCGAUCGUCCAGGAAUUUCAAUUAUCGGUGUAGGAGUUUACGGAGGAAUCGGUCACUAUGAAUACGAAUUAGAACUUUUAGAAGAUACAACAUCUCUAAACACUUUAGAUAGCCAUGCCCACUCUCAUCGAUGGAAUAGUUUGGAAGUUACCAGAGGAUCUUUCGGUCCUGAAGACUUUCCACCUGACAUAAUAGAAAUCAAGUUUGAUAGAGCGAUAUUGAUAAAGGAAAAUAUUAAAUAUUCAGUGAGACUCAGAAAUCACGGAGGAAGAACAAAUAAUGGGGACGGAGGAUUAAAUUCCGUUAAAGGAUCUGAUAAUACAAUAUUUACAUUUUCUACGUGUUCGUUGAGUUUUAAUGGAACUACUCUUACGAGAGGACAAAUUCCGAUUAUUUUAUAUUACAGUAACCCACUUGAAAGUGGAAGAGCAGCUACUACAAAAUUGGAACAACAAGCUCGCAUUGCUGGACUGUCAAUGACUAGUGCCAUUAUUCAAAAAUCCAGCAAUUUAUUAGUUUCGGCAAGAGAGAAAGCUGAUGAAGUUCCUGCUGCAGAAAUACUUAGUAAAUCUUGCAUAGUUACUACGCUUCUUCCAUUGGUAUUGGCUCACAUCAGUCCAUUGGUUACAAGUGAUUGUAAGAGCGCUGUCCACAUACUAAAUCUUAUACAAGAGCUUCUACCUCAUGUGGCAGCUUUAAAUUUGAUGGGAAUUUCUGAAACUGCAAUGAAAUCUUUUUCGACUUUAAGUAGUUCAUCCAAUCACGAAAAUCUCGAUCACAAAACCGAAACAACGAGCCACCAUUACACUGUAGUCGAGAGCGAACAUCCUUACAAAGCAUCGGCAGUGUCAAAUUACAGAGUAUUAUUUCCCGAAAGUGUUAAAUGGAUGAGCUUAGAAUUCGAUCCAGCUUGUUCUACUGUCCAACCAGAAGAUUCUUUACAAUUAUUUGUACCUGCUAUGGAUUUUUAUAACGAUAAAAAUAAUACAUUGUUUCUGGAAGAUGGGGAAUCGCCUCCAAUGCCUUACUGGCCAGUAUUACAUAAGUUUAAUGGAAGUUUGCAAUGGCCAACAAACUCGGUCAUUCUUCCUGGCAAUGAAGUCUUAUUUUCUUUGGAAACGGCUUCUGAUUAUUUGAAAGACGAGCGUUUAAGUGCUUAUGGUUUCAAAUGCCUUGUGAUUGGUUACGAGUGGCCGCAAGAGGUCAAUCAACCUCUCAACGAAUUGAAACAUUUGGAAGCUGAAUUGGCGUUUUUGGGUGGCAUGUGUGCGGCCAGCUUAAUGAAGAAAGAUAUUUUGUUUCCUGUAAAUGAAGAUGAAGCUGAUGUUGACAUGGAAGUUGCAGAAACAGCAGCUUCAGAGAUAUUUGCUCGUCAUGGACAUUUACUCUCCAAAGGAUUGGCGUUGAGUUCACCUCCUACGGUACAACAAGCCUUAGAUGGAAUGCUGCCUUACAGUGUCCACUCAAACGAAAAACUCUUCCUUCGAGACUUCGUUAACUGCGUCGCCGGUUCCAGUGGAGGUCGUUUAGCACAAUGGCUUCAACCGGGAAGCAGAGUAGAUCCUGCAAAAUGUCAAGUUGUCUACUCAAGGGAAGAUCUUCGAUGUGGUUGGCCAGCUAUCAUUAUGGUCAUCACAAGAGAUCAAUAUGGAGACAUGGUUUUCGUACCCAAUAUGAAAGUAGAGGUAAAAGCUAUACCAAUUGACAAAAAAGAAAUCGGUGACAGUGAUGUUGGGCGAAAAAUUAGGCGAAUAAGUCAACCAGAUAUGAUGACUUUCGGUGGUUUACCACCUCCUCCACUGCAUUUACCUUAUGAACCGACGAUUAGAGAUAAGAUGUGUUUCCACUCCAUUACAGUUAUGAAGGCAUUCCAAAACUAUUCUUUUGAAGAACUGCGCUAUACUUCUCCACCCAUCAAACGAUCGGGAGAAAAUAUGUUGGUGCGCUCCAAUUCAGAUGGUUCCUAUAACGCUACUUGGACCCCAGCGACAGUAGGUUGCUACUCGAUUUUAGUUAACAUUGAUGGAUAUGAUAUGGAAGAGAUUUUUAAAGUCGAAGUGAAGGAAUCACCUCAAGGUAUGACGCCUCCGAAUCAAAAUUUGGCUAAAAAGUCUCAACAUCAGCCUAAUAAACUGAGGAAAUUUGUGGCGAAAAAUUCAGCUGGAUUGCGAAUUCGAGCUCAUCCUUCUUUGCAAAGUGAACAAAUCGGUAUUGUGCAUGUCAAUGGGACUAUAGCGUUUAUUGAUGAGAUUCACAACGAUGAUGGAGUCUGGUUGAGAUUAUCCAUGGAAACGAUAAAACAAUAUUGCAAUAUAAGUAUUACUGAAGCUUGGUGUUUACAAUAUAAUCAACAUCUUGGGAAAACUUUGUUACUGCCAAUUGAGGAACCAAAAACGUCACUUGAUCAAGUAAUUAGCGAUACAGGAGCAAGAAAGUCUCCCGAACAUUAUGAGCGG